CCUCAGUCUUUCGGUCUUCCUUUCCAUGGAGUAACUCCUCUAACCGGACUUUCCUCUCCAGUUUGCCCAGCAGAGAAGGAAGUUCAACUGGGGUGGUUAAAUUCUCCACCGCUGAAAAACACACACAACCCUAGGAACCAGCGGGGUUGUGACUUUAGGCUACUUAUUUGAGAAUUUGACUUCCAACUUUCUGCGUUUUUUUUUUUUUUUUUUUUUCCUCUCUCUCGGUUUUUGUGGGGGGUCUACAAGAGCUGAUCCACUCUGCCGAUCCAUCAAGAUGUCUGUCCAAACGACCCAGAAAAGGACGACGACCUACCGGACCGUGAACGUGGCCUCUCCGGAGCCGGUGACCAGCACGGUGAUCUCCUCCGGGUCGGUGUCCCCGAUGCCGUACGCGGUGAACGGCAACUAUGAGACGAUGCGGUACCUGGUCCCGGUGCAGCAGGCCGUGCAGCAGCAGUCCUACGUCCCGGUGCAGCAGCAGUCCUACAUCCCGGUUCAGCAGCAGCAGUCCUACAUCCCGGUUCAGCAGCAGCAGCAGCAGCAGGCCUACUACGUGAUCCAGCAGCCUAACAUGGUGAUGCAGCAGCAGAUGGUGUCCCCGGUGUACCUGCAGAGCAUGUCCCACCUGAGCGUCAGCAGCCAGGACUCCGCCGACCUGAUGUACCAGCAGCAGAGCACCAUCGAGAGCAUCAGCGGGAAGUCUUCAGUGUUCAGUCAGUCGUCCAGUCCUAUCAAGAGCCCUGAGCCAAGUGCUGAGGAGGAGGAGGAGGAGGAGGAGGAGGAAGAGGAGGAAGAGGAAGAACAGGUGGAGGUGGAAGAGGUCGAGAUUGUCAACAUCAUACAGCAGAAGCAGCAGCCGCUGGAGAAGAUCUCCAGGACGGAAGUGAAGACCGAGCUGAGGGAAAUUCCCCAGCCGACCAAGUUGGACACGCGUUACUUUGGCGAGCUGCUGGCCGAUGUCUACAGGAAGAACUGUGACAUCCACUCCUGCAUCUCCGAGCACGUGUCCAAGAUCCGUGGACAGAAUCACCAGCUGGAUCCCAGCAAUGACUACAAGGUGGAUAGAGAGGAGGUGGAGGCUUUGCUUCCCAAAGGAGCCAGUGAACUGACCAAACAACAAAUCCGCUACCUGCUGCAGACUCGUCUCACUGCAGAUAAGAGCAUGCGCUUACUGCUGUCCACCUUCAGCAGUCUGAGAGAGGAGCUCCUCCACAUGUCUGAGGACCUGCGGCGUCUGGAGAGUGACAAGGAGUCUUUGGAGAGAGAUCUGAGUUUCAAAGCAGACCAGGCUCGGCAGUAUGACUGCCUCCUGGAGGCCGUCCGAGAAAACAACAGACAGCUCCAGGUGUCUUUGAAGGAAAGCAGCAGCACCCAGCGUUCCCUGGAGAGCCAGCUCCUGAGCGCCCGAAACAGCGACUCGAGCCGCGACUUUAGGAUCAAAGAGAUGGAGGGGAGGAUGAGAGCGCUGGAGAAGGAGAAUGAGAUACUCCGACAGAAGCUGGCAGGCCAGGGCAGCAGCACCAGCCUGCAUAUCAAGACAGAGGAGUUGUCACGUCAGUACAAAGAUCAGCUCAGCUCUUUGAGACAAGAAAAAGACCAGGAGAUACAGAGGCUGCGGAACCAGAUAACAACGAUCAGGACGGAGGUCACCAGCGAGAACUCGUCCUCAGACAAGAGUCUCCAGCUGAAAAUCUCAGAGCUGCUCGCCACUUUGCAGCAGCGGCAGACCACCAUCACCCGACAGGAGGAGGAGAUCAGGAAGCUGAUGCAGGAGAGGAGCGACAGCUCCAAGAACCAAGUCACCAAGACCAUCAUCACAAAGAGGUACAGGAACCAGUACCCUCUCCUUGGCCUGUUGAGCGACGACUACAACGUCACCUCGCCCGUCAAAGAAGCCAAGACCAUCGUCAUCGAGAAAACUGGGGAGAUGUACAAGCAGGAAAUCAUUACAACCCCUUAAAGACACACUGCUUCUCUCCGACAGGAAUGAUUAAGAAGACCCAGACGUCACCCACCCUCCCACUCUGCAUGCUCCUCCCCCUCCCCUUCUCUCCCUCAUCCUUAGGGCUCCCAGGGUUGGUGGUGGUUGAAAUCCCUCCCCCAACCCCCCUAAAUUUUGGAUCAUUGGUUCAAAUCUUUGGUUUGACCAAAUUGGGCUGGUACCCGUUUUAUUUGGGCUUAAUAUGACAAGGAAAGAAAUCUAUGCUACAGCCAGGAGGUGGUGCAAUGAAUCAUGACAACUGGGAACUGGUUGAGAUUUGAACAGAGGACAGUUUUGUUAAAAAAAUCUGAGCUGAGAUGAUUUACUAAUUGGCACAAACAGCUACUUCCUCUACUUUAUCAUCUUUAUAACUGUGUUCUGCUUGAUUAAGUGAAGGAAAAUGUGUAUGAGGUUGUUAAAAAUAAAAGUCUAUGUUACUCUAACAUACUCUUUUUCAAAUUUUACAUGCAAUCUCUUGAUCUGACUAUGUACAAUAACACUAAAACAUGGCCUACAAUAUUUCGAUGAAGAAUGUGUUUGGACCAGGCAAAUAAAUGAUUAGCACUCUGCAGUAGGGUUGGGAAAUAACGAUACAUUGCCUGCAAUCAAAUCACUAAACGUGAUUUUGUGAUAUAGUGCAAGACAGUCAUCUGUGAUACAUUACAAUGCAUGUAACUGAAGAGAAGUGGUAGACUAUAUGUGAAAAAAAUCUAGGAGUUUCCUGUAUUUGUUGCCUGCAUGACGAGGACAUUUCACAUACAACUGUGAAAAAUUAUGUGAGGCACAAACCAGGAAAAGGCCAAAUGGUUCAGAGUUAAACAUUCUGGAGUAAAAGAAAGUUGCAGCUUGGUCUCAGUAUCACAGGAGAUUGUAUUGUGAUAUAUAAAUGUAUUGAUUAUUUGUCCCAUCCCUACUUGGCAGCUCAUAAAUUACAGUAAGGCUGCAUUCAAGCCUGGAUGUUGUCUUCCCUCGAAUCAAAAGGGGGAUAUCCCGAAAAUGCUUGGAUGAAAGAUAGCUGCCAAACAAAGUGAAAUUGAUGGAGUGUCCCAAAUCUAUACUACAUGCUAAUUCUUAGCAGGUUUUGAGUAUGUAUCCACACAUCAAAACCAGACAGUAUGUACACAUAUACAGUUGUUUUGCGAGUGUGGUGGAUGUUUUCCAACAAGCUGUGCACAAAAAAAAUAAAUAGAGGAGCUUCUCACAAUAAAUAAUAAUAAUAAUAAACAAUAAUUUAAACAUGGAUGAUGGUGAGAUUCCUGAAAUAUCUUAAAAAACAAAAAAAGGUAUUACUUCUAAAAAAACAAAACAAUUUGCUUUCUCUUUGUGAAGUUUAAUUUGCAGUGAUGGCAUCCGAUGUCGUACGUAUUGAAUCAUUUCCUGUUAACGUUGGUAAAACAGAGCUAAAACAGUAUUCUAUGUCGAUUAGUAGCCAUUGUAGUACAUACUGUAUAGAAUUAUGAUAUUGUAUGGAUUUGGGAAAGUUUAAAAUGUAAAGUUAGUAUUAGAAAAUUUGUCAUCUGAUCAAUUACAACGCUACACUCAGGCCCAAAACAUGUUUUUCAUAUAAUAUAGUUCAGGACCGUUCUGUUUCAUCAUUAGUUGAUCCUUUGCUGAGGGCUCUGGUCUUUACUUCACAAAUGUCCUCGCCAUGGGGCUUACUGAAGGGAAGACGAUGUGCUGGUGUAGAACCACAUGCCGCCUAAGUUACCAAACAAGCGCCGCCUCAGCUUCCAGUUGUCACUAAUGCACGUUUAGACAAGACUGGCACCAUCGAGCAUGUAGCAUGAGAUCCUCCUCAAAGCCACCACAGCCAUGUUAGCUCAGGGGAUGAGGAAGUGGAUGUGUUACUAUGAUUGCUACUCUGCAUGUAAAUAUGUAUGUAUAUAUAUAUAUAUAUAUAUUGUAAGAUGGGCACGAUCAGUGAAUGUUUUCUUCUGUGUGACUGUAGUUUAAUCAGGUAGUUUGCUUUGCUUUUGUGCUAAAUGGUAGUUUCUAUCUGUGUAAUAGUUUUUAAAAAGCUUUUUAUUUUAAGGUUGGGAUGUCUUGAUAGACUCCGAGGUGCAUGGGUAUGCGCUGUUCACAUGUAGCUCUGAUGUGUUUAUGUGUGACAGCGGUGGGUGGAACUGGAGCAUGGUUUUAUGGGGUUUUAUGAUGGUGGAAGAAACUGUUAAAGCACAAUAUUAUGUAAGAUUUUUAUUGAGAUUUUUUGUGUCUGAGUUUUCCUGGUUGCCUCUGUUCCGGCCUUUUUUUCCAUAAGGAAGCAUGUUUGGCUGCUUCAUGUCCACUAAGAGUUCGUCUUAAAAGGGUCUGCGCCCUGUUUCUCAGAUCCACAGGUUGAUGGCAGUUCUGGGUAGAAAGUUUUCGGAAAAAAUAACACAGAAACUAGCUGACUUUACACUUAGGCUGUUAUGAGCCUCAAAGUCUUCUUAACAUAGAGACUGCUACAUUGCAGACAUUUAUGUUUUCACCUUCCUAUUGCCAAUAAAACAAGCAUCUAUUUGUGGUUCCCAAACCAACUUCAUCCACAUUAUAUACGUAUGAUAGCUGCAUAUGUAUUGAUAGUGAUAAGAAGAUGUAACUUAUACAGAGAUAACAGGGAAAUUGGUUAAACCACAAAUACAUACAACACAGUGUUUUCUGAAGCAUUUCUAUUCAUCUCUUGUCUGUCUCUCCAGACAAAUACACAACUUUCAAUAUGUGCUAAUAUGCAACUCUCCUCCUUUUGGUAACAGUCGGAGUCUAUGUUUAUUUCGUCUUGAUCACAUAGAGAUGACUAAUUACUAUAAACAGCAGGUCAAACUAAACAAAUGGCAGUUUCUAUGUUGUGACAUUAUUAACUUUACCCUGAUGCCAUGUUGACCAUUGACAUGUAAGACAUUAGAAUUGGACAGAUAAAUACCAUAAAUGAAAAAUGUAAAACCUGUUUCUACCUAUGUACGUUUCAUAAAGCCUACAGAUAAGUUUUUGUUGAACAGACUAAUUGUUUCGGUAGUAUUUAUCAGGUAAAGACAGGAAAUCAGUUCAAUGAUACAGACUGCUGGUUUUGUUCUUCCACCUAUACCUGGAGGUUUUUCGUCUGUCCGAGUCAUGGAUUAUGCUCAAGGCCCUUGCAUGAUUUUACUGCUGGUAGGGGGUCAGGAUGAGUUUCAAGUCGUCACUUAAUUUUACGUGGAAAUAGUUUCAGUUUGUGCAACAGAUCCAAUUUAUAGAUGCAUGUCCUGUAACUGGUUUAACAGGCUGCAGCAUCAGUUACAAGAUGCUGAAGUAUGUUAAAAGAUCAUAUUUAACUAUAGCACCGUGCUUAUGUUUCAGCCAUACUGUAGACAUAUUUAUUUAUUUAUUAGGACAAAGCGCAUUAAUCAACAUUUCUGUAAAUGCGGCAGUGUUAGCCAGUCGGCUAAUUUUCAACUGUAGUCCUAGUUACAUAGUAUACUGCGCCGACAUUCCCCCUCAAUAUGUGAUUAACACUACUGACCGAACAGAACUGCCCAGUGGACACGGAGCCGAAUUUCGGUGGAAAGCAUGUAAAAAAUGUCUUGACUAUCAUGGGACCUCAAGUGCCUUACUCUGUUAGCAACAAGCUAAUGUUGGGCCAGCAUCACGGUUUGGUUGACAAAAUAGCAUUAUCAUCUGGUCAGUUGGUCAAAAUCUAUCAACUCUGAUCAUUUUCAAAAUGUUUUGGCAACAUGGGACCAAUGGUGGCUCUUUGGUUGCCUGAAGGCCUACAUUUGUUUGCUCUCUGGGUAAUCUCUGAGGAGACCUAAUACUGCUUUCUUUGCCAGCUGAGAAUAAAUUGUAUACAGAGCUAAAUUAACUGGUUGUAGUUAAUCUACAAAUAGAUGCGUUUCAAUAUAUUUUCAUAUGCAAACAUUUUUUUUUCAGGAGGAUCUGGGCUGCUAGCCUGCCCGGCUGCACUGCCUCAGUCCUCUCCAAUGAGAAAUGUUUCAGCUGUGAUAGAUUGUGAUUAAAAUCAGUAAUGUAUCUAUGCAAAAGUG